AUGGAAGAGGCCUUGAGGAGGCUUAAUGGCUCCCACCCACAAAUGCAGGAACUCGAUCAACUUCCUCCCACCUCAGCCGUUCCUAAGAGGAGCACCACCGCUACCACCAACAAGAGGUCAUUGAAAGACGGUUCAACAUCUGGUGGCACUAUGAGGUACCGAGGUGUCCGCCGCCGUCCAUGGGGCCGUUACGCGGCGGAAAUAAGGGACCCUCAGUCGAAAGAGAGGCGGUGGCUAGGAACUUUCGACACGGCGGAGGAGGCGGCGUGUGCCUAUGACUGUGCCGCCAGAGCCAUGCGCGGUGUAAAAGCUAGAACUAACUUUGUUUACCCUACAUCUCCGACGCACACGGUGGAUAAUCUCAUCCCUCCAUAUAGCUUCAAGAAAUCGUCUCAGCCCUCCAUUUGGGACUUGACUUCUCGCCAGUUUGUUUCUUCAAACCCUAAUCUUGUUGACUUCCAUGAAUCUUCUUCAUCAGCUGAAACACAGAGAAGCAAUUCUCUUAACAUGCUGCUGCUUCGUGAUUUUCUGAACUCCAGUUCAAACAACUCAUCUUUAUAUUCUUAUGAACAAAUUCCCAUUUUCAGUUCAUCUUCUGUAAAACCUAACAAUGGAUUCAUGGCCUCAUCUUUGGCGAAUCUGUCGUGCAAUACAACUGUUCAAUCCAAUACUGUUAAUGCAACCAUAGUUUCUGAUCAGAGCUUUAGGGAUGGUUCAAACUUCAGUCUCCCUGAUCAAUCAUCUUGUUUAGGGUUUCAAUCAAGAAAUCACAACACCACCGUUGAUCAAGCUGACUGCAUGGAUUUUUUCCACUUGGAGAAGCCUGAUUCCGGCUUAUUGGACUCUGCCUUACAUGGGUUUUUCCCAAAACCUACUGUGGUGAAGGCUGAUCCACCACCAUCAUUUUCUUCUUCAGCUACUGAAUUUAAUCCAAAACAAUCACUGGAGAGCGUGAAGAAAUCUUUUGACUAUGAAAGCCAAAGAAUUCCUCAGCAGUUUCACAAUUUCAACAGCACUUCUUUUGGUAAUGAAUCCAUUUUUACUCCGGUAUACAGUGACGUGCCGUCCAACCUUCAGGCUACCCCUUCUGGAAUACUGUCUGAUAUCUUUCAGUAUCAUGAUGCACUUGGACUCUUCUCUGCUAAGGUGCAGAAUGCUUGA